AUGGAGAUUUCAAAUCGUUACUCCGUCACCUCCGUCGCCUUCAACCCCUGCAAGCGCCGACUGCACGUCGCCAUGGCGACCUCCGGGCAGCACAGCACGAGUCGCUUGCUGUCCCUCGAGUACGCCGGCAGCGAGGAGGCAGGAGAUCGCGAUGGCCCGAUCGUUUGGAGUAGCUUGGAGUCAAGAUCCAAGAGCGUCGUCGUCGUCUCAAGCCUCAGCGUGCGGGCUCCUUCCUGCGUCGCUUCUUCCUCCCCCCGGGGGCAACUUGACGAGUGCUUGCUUGUCUUCCAAAUGCUGGUGCUGGGGGACGAGGAAGGUGGGGUGCGCAUCUUCUCCUACACCAGCGGGAGAAUCUUGAGGAGCCUGAGGUCUCACGCCGCGUGCGUCUCCGCCAUCCUCUUCCUCGAAAAAUCAUCAGAGGUCGUGUCUGCGGGAUGGGACAAGACGAUUCUCCUGCAUGAUCACAGCCCAGGGCUCGUCGAGAUGUCGUCGCAUCUUGCCGCAGGGGAGGCCAGCGGUCGCCUGCAGCUGGUCACGUCAGGGCAGCUGAAACUCGCGGGGAGGUGUCGGGGGCACACGAGCGAAGUGACGCUGCUAGAGUUCGUGCAGGCAGACGACCUCUCCUGCCUCCUCUCAGCAGACGCGCUGGGGCACAUCAUCUUGUGGUCUCUGCCCUGGACAUCUCCACGAGUCGUCUGCGUCCUUUCCUGCAUCGUCCACCCGCUCCUCCUCGUUGAAAGAUCCUCUUCCUCCUCCUCUCCCCCCCUCGUCAAGCCCCAGCGAGAUACUCCCUGCUCAGCGUGCUUCAACGCUGCUAAGAAGAUGCUGUGGGUGGGCACGAGCUCCGGCCUCGUCCUCUCCUACAACUUGAAGCCCCUGCGAAAGGUCGAGCGCGACUGGUUCUACGACCAGCAUGCCGUGUCUCCCCGUGCCUCCUCCCCCUUCUCUCCCACCGCCUCCUCUCCUCGCAGGGCGAGCAUGCUCAGCGGGACCAGCAGCCCGCGCAUGCCGCUGGCAGAGAAGUUUGUGGUGAGGAGCCAGACAAGCAGAAUCCUCCCGAUCGACCCGAAGGUGAAGGAGGCGAUGAAGGAGGCGAUAGCGACGAUGGUGGAGACGAAAGAAGCUCCUACCUCUCCCCUCCGAUCCCCGCUGCGAUCCCCGACCUCGCCCAGGCUUCGAUUUCUCUCCAAGGAAGGGUUGCGAUGGGGUCAAGCUCGAUCCCCUCAACGACACUCGCCCAUCGACGACAUCGACUUCGCCGUCUUGCAUCGAAAUUUGCCGUAUCCUCAAGAUCUCUCACUGACCAUUCGUGAAGAUUCUGCCGCUGAAAAGCUUCGACCUUCGCUCGAGCCCAUCUUUGAUGCCAACUGCGUGAAGCCCAUGCACUGCUGGAGGGCGCACAAGGAGGCUAGCAUCGAAGUCCCCGAGACCGUCUCCUCCUACGCGCUGCUGUCGUGCAGCACAAGACAGGCGAGCGUUUCCUCUGUCGCGACAGGCAGAGACGUGACGCUUGCUGCGAAGGUUUGUGCCUGGGAUGAAGGAGGAGAGAUGCUUGGCAAGCUCGUGCAGGCCAACCAGGAGGAGGACGCGGAGCAGGAGGACCCGUGA